AUGGCCUCGAACCGUGUCAAGAUGCCAUCACCUCAGCCCGUGCCGCCAUUGUUGCAGACGAGUCUGUCCAUGCCGUCACAAGAUGUGCCGCAACCCGUCGCAAACGGUGCUUCUUCAAGGGACCCCAGCUUGUUGUUCCAAGGUCGUCCUCCUCAGCCUGAUGCUGCUCUCGCGUCCAACUUUGGACCGAAACUCGAAGGAACGCGCAAGUUCAGUCUCAUGCCCAGCCCUGAAUCACCACCCUCGCGCUAUGGCGUAUGCCUCCAGCAGAUGGCAGGCAACGCUGUCACCAACACUACAUGCUUGCGCGACUACUCCAGCUACCAGGACGCAUGGGCUGAUGCAAAGGCCUCCGCAAACAGCAAGAAGGCAGAGCUAGAGGAGCAGAUGAAGCUGGCAGGUAAUCCUUGCCCGGACUUGGAUAUCCUCCCGGACACUUUGCGGCGCAACUUCACUAUCACCGUGGAUUAUAUGUUCCGCUGGCGAUAUCAGGUCGAUCCAAUGAAGAACGAUACUAGUACCAAGGUCAUUGAUUUGCAGCAGUCGGAGAAGCAACCAUCAGCCCCAGGACCUCAGAGUGAGAGACAAGAUACACCCGCCCAGGUCGACUCUGCUGAGGAGAUCAUGAAGAUCAAGCGGGAGCUAGGUCGCUCUCCGUCCGCUUCUCUUGCUAAUUACCCAACGCUAUCGCCCAGCGUCGAUUUUCUGCAAUCCGGGGUAGUUCCAGCAAAUGUUAAUAGGAAAUGCUCUGACAAUGCCCCCAUCCAGAUCCUCGACACUUCUCCCAGGUCACCUGAUCAUGAUGGAGAUACUGUCGCUGACGACGACAGCCUUUUCGGUGAUAUCACCGACCACUUCGAAGGCGCAGAUGUAGCCUUGUCGGAAGCAGUCCAGCUUGAAGCGCAGUCGGUCGAGCUGAAGGAAGCCGUAGCUGAAGUCGACAACCAAGGUGGUGCUCUUCCAUCAGUGACCAAGAAGCGAGUACCUCCGCGAAACAAUGACUUAGACGCAGCCACAACCGAAGAAAGCAAGGCCGAUACUGAAGCCCUAAUCGCUCCCAAGCCUCAGAUGACUUCCGCCCCGGUGUAUUUCGGUCUCUACAUCACCUUGUCCAAGCCACCGACUCCAGCUGUGACAUACCGCAUCCAGCUCAACACCUCACUGGGUCAGGCUGAAAGCGACAUGAAACUCAUCGCCAGCAACGAGCUUACUAAAGCCCUUGCGCAAGGCACACAAGACGAUCUGCACCUUGAUAUGGAAGAGAAUAAGAUUGACAUCGUCAACCUUGUGAACGGGUCCUGUCUUAGCUACGAAAUCGUCAAAGGUGAUUUCACUGAGGGAAAGUUCCAGAGUGAGAUGGAGCUUUCUGGGCGUGUGGUUGAUGAAGAGAGCCAUACGAAGCGGAUGUUCGAGGAGGCUUCGGCAAGGCAUGAGCAGAUUGAUGGGGAUGCAAUGUCGGAGGCGCCUGCGAUAGAAGGCAGACAAGACGAAUCAGUCGAGACUCUGGCCGACGUGUCUGAGGCUACUGAGGCAACACUCUUUCGGAAGCGAAGCAGGAGCCCAAACCAAGAACCGGUUUCGGACAACGCAUCCGAGCAACCUGACAGCGACCAAGAUACUCCCUUUGCUCCCCCCUUCAAAAAUAGCAAGGUGCAGUCCCGGCGCGCUGGCCGGAUCGAGAGUCACGACAAGAGCGCUGACAGGCAGCAACCCACUCCAAUCGCUCUACAUGCCCCGAUCAAGAAGCGCGGUAGGGAGCCCGAGGAGCCUACCUCAGCUCUAGCUGAACCACCAUCAAAGAAAGCUCGUAGAGGCUCAAACGAUGAUAUUACGGUCCAGGCUACCAACGCACCCACGGAAGAAGUUGAGGACCCCAACGCUCUCUACUGCCGCUGCAAGCAGCCCGACAACGAUGGCCGCCAGCUGAUCGGUUGCGAUGGGGAGCAAUGUCCGAACAACCAAUGGGUGCACUUGGAAUGUGUGCCUGAGGUGACGGAGACGCCGAAAGAUGAGGGAGAAGAGGGAGUGGAGAAGUGGUACUGCCCAGACUGUGAGCCCACGGCGUUCGAGCAGGUUGAGGAGAGUGAGUACGAGAAGAAGAUGAAAGUCGGAAAGAAGGGGGUAGCUACAUCGAAGAAGGCCACUGGGAAGACGGGUGGAGCUGGAGUGAAGAAGGCUGACGGAAGGAAGGGUGGAAACGCAACGAACAAGAGGAAGUUGAUCCGCUAG